UCUCCGGAACCAAGGGGAUUCAUCAUUCCAUACUAGAGAUUCUACCUUCUCUUCCCUUCCCUUCCCUUCUCCAUCUCUUCAUAUCCUCGGCAUUUAUAGUAACCCCUAACUCGAUUAUCUUGGUGCCUACUCGGCGGCAGCUUUCAAGAUGUCACAGUCGCUUGCGAAGCAGUGUAACGAACUAAAGGAACGUUAUGAUACCUGCUUUUUAAAAUGGUAUAGCGAAAAAUAUCUCAGGGGAAUUGGCACUGCGGACAACAAUGAAUGUUCUACGCUCUUCAAGGAGUACAGCAGCUGUUUGCAGGAGGCCCUUAAAGAGCGAGGCAUCGACAGACUGUUAGAGGACGCACGGGAAGACAAUAAGGAGAAUGACGCUGCAUUUCUUGGGAGAAAAAAGUAGACGAAGGACAACAUCGUGAUGCCCUACAGCGCCACAUCCCGCCCCAUCCACAUUGCGCGUCUGUUUACACGUCCUCUACAUAUUGUGCAGAGCAAC